UGACGAAUGUAGUGAUGAGAGCCGUAACGACUGUUUCCAGCACAGUGAGUGUGUGAACACCCCUGGCAGCUACACGUGUUCCUGUCCGACAGGCUUCAUAGAUCGGAACUUGUCACGUCCCGGCAGGGUCUGUGGCGCUGAUCGGUUUUUCAUCGCUGUUGGUGCGAUAGGGGGAGCCCUGUUCCUCUUCAUCUUGCUCCUAUGUGCGCUGCAGGGGUCUAAGAAACCCACUCACACGUCUACGGCAAAGAUGAGCUUCUCGGCCAAAACUGAGCAGCAGGGGCCGAUACCAGUGAAGUGGCGCAGAGUUGACCGACUGAACAAGGCUACACAGAUGAGUGGUUUUACCUCGGGUGGACUCGUGUGGGCCCAGGAUGCUGGGAAGACCUUGUGGUGGCCGGCCCGCAUCGUCUCCACCGUGAACGGUGCAAGCGCCCUCUGGGUCCGUUGGUACGGCAGUGGACUGUACUCCAAGGUUAAAGCAAAGAGAGCCCGACCAUUUACCAAGUUUCAAACGCUGCAUGACCGCAGUGCCUAUCUGUCGAUCCCGCUCUACAGGCGCGCCGUCAAUGAAAUCUUUAAGGACGCUGAGACGGAGGCUACGCACCCUCCUCUACCCCGGGCCUACAAAACGUCCAUGCAUGAUACAUGGGGGGCCCCUAAAUACGGGACAGUGGACGAGUUUGCUUCACCGGCAUCGUACUAUCCCGUUGAUUGGCGCGGCCUUCAAAUGCAACAGUUCUCUCCAUAUGUGAUGGCUGCCCCUAACUUAGGGCGUGAUCGCAUUUACCUGCCCUCUCGGGACCGUAGUCAGACCAUGGCUGACCAGAGUGACUGGUAUCCGUACGACACGCUCGCCUCCCGCCCACCGCGGAGACAGUUUGCCGAAAUGCCGUUUGGAGAUCAGGAGCGUGGUUAUGGUUCCCAAUCCUCUCGCCAAGGGCAGCCACGUGAACAGUUGGACGAGAACGCCUUUGAGGCCACCAUCGACUUCACCUCCUUCAAAGCAGGGUCCGGUGUCUCUCAGACCGACCGGGCCUCGGAGUCAUCGGAUGAGGUCUUUCAGGACAACCUGGACAUGGACGAGAUCUAUUUCAAUGAUGACUUCUGGGAGCAGUUCCCCGAUGGUCCCAUGGGACAAAGUGAAGCUUAGAGUUAGUGUUAGGGUAGUGAUUCCUCAAUAGGCCUGCGAAACUGGCUUACCUAUCAGCGGGUGGCCCCACUAAGCCUUAUUUUCUUAAUCACAACCACGUUCAACACAACCAUGUAGUGUCAUAUGGUCUUCAUAGCACUUACAGCAAACAUAUAUGAUAGCGCUAGACUUAAAUUAAAACAUCACUACAAACCCGCAGGCCUAUUUUGGGACCACAAUAAGCUAAGGUGAGGUAUAGUAUUAAUGGGUGUAUUUUUAACGUAGUCCUCUUAAUAUCAUUACUUUAAGAUGUAAAUAUUAUACUGCAAAGUGGUUUUCUUAUCUUUGUCAGAACUUAGUAUUUAGAUCGAUCGAAUUUUGUUUUCUUUACAAAUUCGCAGGUGUAAUUUGGUGUGAUAGCGUUAAUGGCGUAGUUCUAAACAUUUUACAGUAAGGUUAUUUAUUUUCAUGUCUUUUGAGAUCUUUGUCAAAACUUGAUUUUCAGUAAUACAAUAAGGUGUCACAAUGACAUAUUUUAAGGGGCGUGGUUGUUUUCCUCUUAAUUUGAGCACUUCAAAAGCUUAUCAUUAUAUAGCAAGGUGAUUCCAUAUCAUUGCCAUAAUUUGAUUCUUAGAUUCUAUAUCUUUGCCGAAACUUGAUGUUCACUAAUUUUGAAUUGGGGCCACAAUUAGGUGUAUAGGUGUUAAUGGGCGUAAUUUUUUAUAGUUUCUUCUCGACUUCAUUACUUACAUAAAAUAAUUAGAUAGCGAGGUGAUUUUCCUAUCUUUGCCAAAACUCGAUUUUAUCACGAUGAGUCAUAGAUGACAUGAGCUUCCGCCGGCCAUGUCAGCUCCAUACGAUCUUACCUUCCCUUUCCCAUGCAGUGUGUUUUAUACGUGCAGAAUUGUCAACUCAUUGGUGGUGGUCAUCUUAUUUCCU